AUGGAAAAGUUUUCCUGGCUUCGUGAAUCGUCGCCGUGGAUUGCCUCGUGGUUUACCUCGUUCGCGUCCCAAGCGAGGGGUUGGAUGCGGCGCUUUUGGCAAAGGGAGAUGUACAUCAUGAGCCGAUGUGAGAAGUGGGCGGACCGGGUGAAUAUUCGAGCCAUCUUGGCCGUCGAAGAAGGAGACCUAGAGCAGAUUCGAAACGCCGUCAAGGCUGCGGCUCGGUUGGUUUCCGACAGUAGAAAACCCAGCAGUAUAAAACCAGGCAAGACCUCCAAGAGCACUGCUGUUCCGUCAGCACGGGCCGCUUCCGAAGAUCAUGACUCCUCGCCCGCGCAUGAUGAAAACCAAAAAUUCUCUACUGAAUCGGAGUGGAGGGAUGAACUGUCACAGCAGGAGUCUGAGCCGCUGAAGUUGGUCGUCAUGACCCUCGCCGAGGCGGACAAAGAUCUCAACCUCUUCGCGAAUCGCGGCGCAAAGGAGUGGAUUUCCGCUGAUUUGCUCUCCAGUUGGUAUUCUCGUCACGCCGUCGAUUUCUCCGCUUCAGAAAACUAGCUUUAGCGACGAACUACGGCCACGGAAUUGAACAUGAAGCAAGAAGCGAUGGGAGACGCACAAAUAAAGAAAUUAAUAGCACUCAUCUACAUCUUUGAUUUCUCACCUCCGAUAAAUGCACAUCAAGCCUCAGUGUGGUCUUCUUUCAGUAUCAGUUCACCCUUUUGUUUUGAAAUAAAAACUACCAAUCAUGGAAGCAUCUCCGCCAGCCGCGAAAGAACUACAAAUAACACCUACGAUUAUUUGUCG